CCAGCUUGAAGAAAUCUGGGCCGUACGUUGGCGAACGAAAAGUAGAGCUGGACCAAUUUCUUGGUUAGGGGCAGAAUCGGAAGCAUAGUUUAGGUAGGAAGCGAGUUUGCUUUGCUCUCUUCCUCUUUAAAAAAUCCACAAACUCCACAAACAGUCCAACAACAAAGUGAGAAACAAAGAAAACAGGAAAAGCACUUUCAUACACAGAGAGAGAGAGAAAGAAAACCAUGUCUGGAGGUAUCGCUCGUGGUCGUCUUGCUGAGGAGCGAAAGGCUUGGCGUAAAAACCAUCCACAUGGUUUCGUUGCGAAGCCAGAGACUCUGACCGAUGGUACGGUCAAUUUGAUGGUUUGGCAUUGCACUAUCCCUGGCAAAGCUGGUACUGAUUGGGAGGGUGGCUACUUCCCACUAACGCUCCACUUCAGUGAAGACUACCCUAGCAAGCCCCCAAAAUGUAAAUUCCCUCCAAAUUUCUUCCACCCUAAUGUCUACCCAUCUGGAACUGUCUGUCUAUCCAUUCUUAACGAGGAUAGUGGGUGGAGACCAGCCAUAACCGUGAAACAAAUUCUUGUGGGAAUUCAGGACUUGCUUGAUCAGCCAAAUCCUUCUGAUCCUGCCCAGACAGAAGGAUAUCACCUCUUCAUCCAGGAUGCUGCGGAGUACAAGAAAAGAGUUCGACAGCAGGCCAAGCAAUACCCACCUAUUGUGUAAGGUUAAACCUAUGUUUCAGAGACUGUAUUAUGGUAACUGUGAGUUACCACCUCAUGUUUGAUGCUAAAAAUGCUAUUCUAAUAUAUUGCUGGGAUUUAGCAAUUCUAAGAGAUUGCGCUGAAAUGUUCCUUCUCUCUAUCUAGAUUUGCAUCACUUUUUAUCAUAUUUAACAGUGUGCCCUGGUGGACCAAUGAGCUCUUUUUAGUAUUUUGGGGAUAUUCCUGCUGUGUGAAUAGGGAUUUGCAGUGUGAUAUCAGCUUGCGCGCUGUGUCUCCCCUUGUGGAUUUUAUUUUAUUUUUGCCCCUUUUUUAUUGU